GUACAUAAAUUGCCCACAGAGGACCAUCAGGAAAGUCCAUCCAUUUCAGAUCAGGUGACUUAAGAGGGUCACAGUGGCUUAUGGCAUUGUCUGACUCUGAAGUUGGCCUUCUGAGUGUGUGCAUUUGUUUUUGCUUGGGUUCUGAUUCGUCUUUGUUGAAGGGACGAAGUAAGGAAACGCCUACGACACGUUUAAUAACUUCGGUUCUGGAUAUACUAUAAGGGCGAGGAUACCAUUUGUGCAUUACUGACAAAUUAGCUAACAGAGCAAGCAAAUGACGUUGCGCACCUGAUUAUGCAUUAUUUACAUUAUUGGUCAGUUAUCUGCAAACCAUACCAAUACCAUCGGCAUUUCCAGGACUGCAUUAUCGUGAAAUGAUAAACUCAACCAAUACCAAGUACCAUAGAGAGUAGCAUGAUUUGUGGUACAUUAUUACAGCAGUAGGCAGAGUGUGGCCCAGUUAAUAUGUAAAAAUGCAAAUUCUCGUGAAAUCACGCAAUGGAACUGUUAGUGUUACCAUCAAGGAGUAUAUUGAACUCGAGGAACAUAUGUCUAGCAGGAAAUGAGCCAUGUCACUGUCUCUGAGAACUUCUCUUCUGUACCUUGUCCUGAUUGGUGCUACGCUAGGAUAUGUCGAUUUCCGUUACCAUGACUAUGAACAGAUGACGAAUAUUCUACGUUACAUCAAUGGCCAGUAUCCUAAUCUUACUCACAUCUACAGUAUUGGAAAGUCUGUGAUGGGCCGUGAACUUUGGGCUGUAGCCAUUGGUUACCCCGGCACUGCCAGCCACCAUAGACUUCUCGUCCCAGAAGUCAAAUUUGUUGCAAAUAUCCAUGGAAAUGAGCCGGUUGGAAGAGAGAUGUUGAUACAUCUCCUGGACUACCUGACCACCCAAUACAGCAUCAAUCCAUCGAUCCAGAGACUACUACGGAACACUCGAAUACAUCUCAUGCCAAGUAUGAAUCCCGAUGGUUUUGAGAGGGCUACUGUUGGUGAUUGUUCAGGUAUGCGGGGAAGGGCAAAUGCUAAUGGAUACGAUCUGAACCGAAACUUCCCUGACCAUUUCGAUGAUAACUCAAACAUCCGUCGCCAACCAGAGACAACUGCGAUUAUGAACUGGCUCAAAAAUGUUCCAUUCCUUCUCUCGGCUAAUAUGCAUGGUGGCGCUCUAGUUGCCAAUUACCCGUAUGAUAAUUACUAUGGUGGAUCUCCUGACUAUAAAGAUUCAAAGGAAUCUCGUAGUCCAGACAAUGAUGUUUUUAAAUAUCUUGCCCUAAAAUAUUCCCGCAAAAAUGAAAAGAUGUAUGCAGGCCGGCCGUGUCCUGGUGACUAUGCAGAAGCAUUCCAAAAUGGGGUAUCAAAUGGUGCGGCCUGGUAUCCACUAACAGGUGGUAUGCAGGACUAUAACUAUAUCAAACAUGGGUGCUUUGAGAUCACGCUCGAGAUGUCCUGCUGUAAAUAUCCCCUGCCACGGAGCUUAACAACAUUUUGGGCACUGAACAGAGAUGCCAUGAUAGAAUAUUUAAGAGCUGCCAGUGCUGGUAUACGUGGGUUUGUACGUGAUAGGGACAACAAUCCAAUCAAAGGUGCUAGUGUCAAAGUGGAUGGACGAAUACACGAUUAUAAGACAACUAAAGACGGGGAGUACUGGCGUCUCCUCCUACCAGGAACAUAUCUUAUCGAGGUAUCAAAAAAAGACUACACUCUGUCAAGAGGAAUAGUUACAGUAUCGAGUAUAUCUGAAUUUAUUGUUAUGAACUUUAAAUUAAAGCACGUCCUGGACUCAGAUGCUGUGAUUCUGGCUGCUGGGACUAAUCUAUGCAACUCAUUUUUGAUUGGUCUUUGUAUUUUGUUAGUAAAUAUGUGCAUGAACAAAACUCAUUAGUGAACACAUCACUGUAUAACUUACUGUCAGAGUGGCACAAUGAGAAGAUUGCUGCAUAUUCACCAGCAAGAUCUGUUCAAUUGUAGUAAGUAAAACUUAGCUGCGCAAUAUCAACUAAAAAUGAUCAUUAAUCCAAAUUAGUAUUAUUGAUUAUUGAAAAUGAAUUAUGUAAAUUAUUGGACAAUCAACUGAUCAGGAAAGACUUUCGUAUAAAUAUAUGUGUUGUAGUGCUUUUAUCAUUUUGAAGUAAUUUUAUAUCACUCUUAAGUAAAAUGUAAAUAGGCUUGACUUUUAUACAAGGGAAGCUUUUGUACCAAGUAUCCUUAUUGACUUGAAGAAUAGUUUGUAUCUUCAGAGCAAUAUAAUCUGUUAUCUUGUGAUGGCCUCUGAAACCCAGUAUCAUAAUAACCAUUUGAAAUUCAGCAUCUGUUAUUACUUUUACGUUGAUUUGAAUUUCAUUUCAUACUUAAUGAAUGAGAAUCAUAAUAGUGAUUUGUUUGAAAUAAAUGA